AUGUCAAUUCGGGCAAAGGUAAUGUCUGCCAAAGUUGGCGCAUUGUUUGAAGAAUACUGUUCCGAAAGUUCGGUCCAUGGUGUGCGGUUUUUUGUUGGCAACCAGAGAAGUGCCUGUGUUAAACUAACUUGGUUGGGUGUGUUCAUUCUCUCGCUCGUCGGAUGUGGCGUAAUGAUACAGCAAGCGUACAAUAAAUGGGACCGCACACCGGUCAUCGUGACGCUCUCGGAAGUGCCAACGCCCGUGUGGGACAUGACCUUUCCCGCCGUUACAAUCUGCCCGGAGAUAAAGGUGCUGAACACACAGUACAACUAUACGCGUGAAUUUGAAACCCUGCAAAGCGAGUGGUACCGAAACAAAGGCAAGCAGAACAGGACGUAUACGGUAACCGAGGAAAGUAUCGGAAAGAUGAAAGCCAUCAUCCAUCACUGUUCGGGCAUUUACAAGAACGAGAAGAACUUCAUAUUUAACUUCAACCACGUGCCCGAACCGCAGCUGGUGGACUUUCUGAAGAAUGUUUCGCUCGGCCGCCGGAGCGUGUUCACCAUGUGCAGUUCGACCAGCGAUGCCCGAUGCACUAGCUACAUGCAGGUGACAGUCACGAACGAAGGCAUUUGCUACUCCUUCAACAUGAUCUCGCAGCAGCAAAUGUUUCACCCGGAGGUCCUGCACAACGAGUACAAAUAUUUGGACCGAUGGGAGGACGAAGCGUUGGGUGGUGAAGGCCCAGCCGAACCACUUCUAAAAGUGGCCGGUUCCGGCCUGGAUGCUGCCAUUGGCUUCAACCUAAUCCAUUAUCCGCUCAAAAUUGAUACCUCUUGUGUGCGUGGCCGUGGCUACAAAGUCCUCAUCCACGAGCCGACCGUGUAUCCCGAUCUGUCCAAGCGCAACAUACGACUGUCGGUUUCGCAAACGCUUACCGUCGUGCUGAAGCCCAACAUUAUGAUGACCGCACCGGAGCUGUCGAGGUACAGCGCCCAGAAGCGCCAGUGUUACUUCGCACACGAGCAUCCGUUGCAAUUCUUUCGCCAUUACAACCAGGACAACUGCGAGCUGGAGUGCUUAACGAAUUACACACUGCGGCGGUGUGGUUGCGUCCAUUUCUCCAUGCCACACGCAAACGGAACGCGCGUGUGCAAGUUGGAGGAAGCGCACUGCCCGGCCGAUGCACGCGGCGUGCUCUUUAUACGCAAACAGCAUCGCAACGGUACGGAAGAUUACUUGCAGCAGUGCGACUGCCUGCCGGCCUGUUCCUCCGUACGGUACGAUCUGCAGAUUACGCAGGAUUCCCACACGGAGGAGCGGGAAGUGCGUACCUCCAUCGAGACGGAGGUGGAACUGCAGGCAAGGCUUCAACUCCCAGUGUACUCAGUGCUUCAGGUGUACUAUCAAGACACUCACUUCAUACCGGCACAACGGUCCGAGCUGCACGGACUAGUAGACUUCUUGGCAAACUGUGGUGGUCUGUUGGGGCUGUUUAUCGGCGUCAGCUUGCUGAGCAUAGUGGAAGCAAUCUACUACAUUGUAGUGCGUCCAAUAUCGUUUCGAAAGCGUAAAACAGACAACGGGGAAGGCAACGAAAUUUGCUGA